UGUGCCGUAGGGAAACGUUAGCUGGCGACGCGGGUACGCCGGGAAAAGGAAGUCACGUGUGUGUAAUUCGACCGUUUGCUCCGUUGUUGUUGCUACUGCUGCUGCUGCUACAAGCGCGUUGCAGGUUUUUAUUGAAUAAAGAGUUACGCGAGUUUUUAGACCGUGCGCGUGUACGUCUCAGGUGAAGAUGAGGACAGUUUCGUGCUUGGCGUUCGUGGCAGCGUUUACGUGCCUAGCGCGAGCGGAGAAGUUCGAAGACUACUGCGCGGAGAACACCUUUGACUCCAACUCCACGGGCAUGGCGUUCAGCAAGGAGAACACAGUCAACGAGUACGCCAUAGCAAAGCGCUUCAAGAGCCUCCAUUGUUGCGCCAAGGGGUACAGGAGCGUGGAAUGGUCCAAGGACGGACGACCCUACCCGUGGCCAGGCAGCUCGUCCAGCUUCAUCCUGUACCCGGAGUCGGCCAACCAGACCAUCUACUCGCGGUCCGUGUCCGACGCCGACGCCGGCAACUACAGCUGCGCCGUCCGCAACGACACGCACUCCUACGUGCACACCAUCAGUCUGUCCGUGCUUGACGCCGACGCCGGCGUCGGCUACUCGGGGGCGCCGCUGGCCACCUACCAGCCGCGUGACGUCUUCGUGGAGCUGGGUGGCGACACCAGGAUCUUCUGCGAGGCCUUCGUGGGUCGCGUCGACCUGCCGGACACGAGGAACGAGGUGGCGUGGAGGCGCUGUGACGUGAACGUGUCGCUGGACCAGCCGGGCCGCUACCGCCAGGUGCCCGUCAGCAGGGAGGACGACCAGGUGGUGGGGUCGUACCUGAUCAUCGAGGAGGUGACCAAGGACGACCUGGGCCAGUACGAGUGCCGCAUCAGCACGUGGUUCGACGCCGUGGAGAUGCCCGUGUGGCUGCUGGAAGCAGUGUCCGCGGAGGAGGCGGGGGCCGAGCGGGCGGCCUACAAGGACUCCGUGGUGGUGCUGGUGGCCGUGCUGCUGACCGUCAUCUCGGUGGGGGCGCUGUACGCGCGCUUCGGCCUGCAGCUGCGGGUGGCGCUCAAGGACAUGUGCGGCGCCGCCGAGGAGAGCGACGGGAAGGAGUACGACGUGCUGGUGUGCUAUGACGACCGCGACUCCAGCUUCACCCUGGGCGUGCUGGUGCCCACGCUGGAGAGCCGCUACAACUACCGCUGCUGCACGCACCAGGUGUCGUCGGCCAGCCAGGGCAGGACGUGGCCUUCCGAGCUGGGCGCCGUGGCCCAGCGCAGCCGCCGGCUGCUGGCCGUGCUCUCCCCGGCGCUGCUGCGCGACGGCUGGACCGCGGGCUCCCUGCACCAGGCCUUCCACGCCCUGCUCAGGGUCCACUCCAAAGUGAUCUGCGUCGCGCUGCAGCCGCUGCCCCGCUGUGACUCCUCGGAGGCCCGCGACCAGCUGGACGGCGGCUACGCCACGCUGCGCCGCGCCGUGCACCUGGUGGAGUGGAGCCCCGGGGCCCGGCACGCCGACCGCGCCCACGCCUUCUGGUCGUCCGUGUGCCUGCACCUGCCCCCGCGGCCGCGCCAUGCGCCCGUCCGGGCCGAGCUGGGCUCGGUGGCGCCGGCCAAGAGGCGCCAGGACUCGUGCACGAGCCUGGAGGUGCUCGUGUGACUCCCCUCACCCCUCCCCCCGGCCCGCACGGAGCUGUGGUCGUGUGCGCGAAUAAGCGAAUUCCUCGCGAGGCAAGGUGAACUUCCAGCUCAUCAACGCUAGGUUCGGGGCUAAGUGGACGCUUUUUCACCGUGAAAUGCUUGUCAAAUGGUUUCCACCGUGCAUCGUUCCGAAAUGCACCGAUCACGCAGAACUCUCAGGGUGGAACAACCAUAAUAACAUCCUCCGAAAUAUUAGGAAUCUUUGAUGUGAACAUACCAAAAUUUAUUCUUAAGUUCACACAUUUGCAGGCGGAGUCUUUAGGAAAAGUAGAUUUCCAAAGUGUUGAAAUUAUAUUUGGUUAUUAAUAUAAGUGGUUCCCACCUGUCACGUGAAAUCCACUUCAUGUGACAAUGUAAGUGAAAGCCACUAGCAUUUUUUAAGGCAGAAAAACAAACCACAGAGUUAGUCUCUUGCGUGUAGGAGGCAGCGAAGGCCACUCUGUUGCCGCUUGAGCUCGCAAACUACGCUUGUGAAGUGAAAGUUGCGGUGGUUGGCAUCUGUCGCCUGACAUGGACUGCUCGCAACAACUGGUUUUAAGAAAGAACGUACGUACUUGUGUAAAGCGAUUUCAACCGGUUUCUGUGAACUGUGACAGGAUCGCGUUGGAUUUUGCAAAGUCGUCGCAGUGAGUGAAUGGGAAAGUGAAAGUGGAAUUUUAAGACUGCAACAUUGUAACUUAUCGCACAAUGGACGAUUAGUGUAGCUGUUGUGUUUGAUGUUACAACCUUUAAAUAAACUUUGACUUCAUACUUCCAAAUCAUUUUUAUGCAGCAUGAAUGGACAAAAGUGUGUACUACUUGUCAAAAACUUGUAUGAUAGUUUCGAUUGUAAGAAGCCAAGACAUUUAUUUGUUUGCAAGUGUUACUUAGAGCACAGCUGAAGAAUGUUAACUACGUGCAAUGUCAUAUGAACAUGUGACAAUCUUGGAUACUUCUUAUUUGGGAAUCAAUUAUUUUAACUUCUUAAAAAACCACAUGACCUGUCUAUUUUUCUUUCUUCAGGACCUGAAAAUCAUCUUGGCUUGGCCAGGGGUUGGCAGACCGUGGCUUGCGAGUUGCUUGCAACUCUUUUCAUAGGAUUUUACAGCUUUACAACUCACUGCGCUGCGAAACAAAUCCCUAAAAUACAGCAAAUCAUAUUUGAUACAUGGAAAUAGUCUUCCUGAAACCAAUGACAUACAAAAAAAAAUAUCUUUGUUUCUACCUAUUUAUGUGAACAAAUUUUUUUUCUUUCAAUUAAUCAGAUAAAAAAUAAAUUAAGACGUAAAUUAACCAAUGAAAACUUACAAUCGUGCCUAAAAUUGGAUAUAAGUAAUUACUUGCCAGAUAUAGGUAAGCUUUCGAAAGAGAUGCAAGGUCACUGCUCCAACUAAUUAAUAAAUUUUACACAGCCUAGGUGAUUUUUUUAUUUUAAUAAUGAAUUAUUUAAAAUAAUUUUGGUUUUCUUGUUUUAUCAUUAGAGCUCUACUAAUGACUACCAAUUUUUUUUACAUUCUUUUCCUAAAUAGCCUUUCUUUUUAAGACUAUGUUGAAUUCGUGAAUAAAAUAUUCAGUUUUUAUCGUCUUAAAAUUUUAUGUAGAUCCAGAGAAAAUACAAUUUGUGGUUCUCUAAAAUAUUGGAGAAUCUGUUUACUUAUUAGUAUUUGGCUGAUCUCACUUGAACGUCUGCUGCAGACCCCUGGGCUAAGCCUACAACUACCACAGGAAAAAUGAGCUCUCAAUUCUUUGGAUGUCCGAUUACCAGCGUUUUUUUUGCGUAUAGGAACCCUGUCGCACUGUUGCUUGGCGUAAUUUGGUGAGCGAUCAUGCAAUUAAAAAAAAAAAUCAGAACGCAUGUGGCUGGAUUGGUUCCAGAUUACAUACCGUGCCGAACCGUAGAAUAUUAUAUUAAAGAUUUUUCAUUGUGUUAAAAAAUUAUUAAAUUGAACUAUUUUUGGGUUACAUUUUAACCAGAAUUAAGUUUAAAAAAAAAAAUAAGGCUUGGUGUCACAUCAUGUUUUGAAUAUUUCAUUUCGAAGAUACUGUUUCUUUGGUUUAAUGGCUGUUCCUCUAAAUGUUUCUCUAUAAUUAUUCUCUUGUAUUUUAUGUUUAUCACUAGUGACAAGAUUGUAUGGUUUUAAUUUUAGGACAAAUUUUUUAAAACAAUAAAUUUUGGUGUAAGUGUUUUAUUUACACACACACACACACACACACACACAUACAUAUACACACACACACACACACACACAUAUAUAUAUAUAUAUUCAUUUCCAAAAAAUGUAUUAUUCAACAAAUAUAAAACUGAAAUAUUUAUUUCAUGAAAAUAUUCUCAUUUAAUUGAGACCUAAUGCACUAAUACAGUAAAAAAUCAUUAGUAAUACACAUGUCUAAGACAUAACUACUAAAAAAAGAAAGAAAAAAAGUAUUCUGCAAAUUUUUUUUUGUUUAUUUGAAACAUGUGUCAUCAUUAAUGUAAAAAUGUUCUAAUGUAAGAGAUACAAGAUUAAACAACAUAAUAUUAAUAUUUUCCACCCCUUUUUGGUCAAACAUUCUGGUACAGAAUUCACACUAAAUAAAUUGUAUUCAAUGAAUUUACUGUGAUAAAAUAUUCCAAUUUUUGUCAUUUGAGUUAGGUUUUGUUAACUUGUUGAUUGAUUUAAUGUUUUUAGUUACAUUUUGGUGCUAAAUGGUGUAUGAACUUACAUUUCAGUGUUACAUGUUGUGUUUACUGCUUUGUGGUGUUAUUUAGGUUUUAUUGCAAUUAACAGUAUAAUCUUGUCCCUAUUCAUCAUGAAUGUUUGUCUCCAGAUAUUAACUACAAAGAUGUAAAAUGUCACUCAAAUAUUCUUAAGAAUGAACAUUUGCACAACAUUCUAACACGAUUGUAUCAGACAACUCUUAUGAAACAUCUGGUGACAAACGAGACAAAACAUAGCUACAAUGCAAAAGAACUAUCAUGACAAAUUUACAUGUAUAGCCAUUAAGUACUGCUAACAAAGAAAUUAAAUAAUGAAAAUGGCAUUUGGAAACAAGAUUUAAAGGGCAGAGUAAAAAUUAUUUGUUUAUUUUCCAUAUUUUACUUGAUUCCCAAACAGUUGUGUGCUAUAGUCUUGAAUUGUGAUGGCAUUCCUCAAAUUUUGCACGAUCUAGCAAUGGUUUCUUCAGGCGUGUAUUUAAUGUGUAAGCAUUGCGUAUAAUGGCUGUUAUAUUUCUGGCUUCCUUUAGAUUAUUUUUCGUUGAUAUCUGUCAAGAACUAGGCAGCCACUGUCAUUAUGCUUGGCCAAUCAAGCAUAUUCCUUGUGCUACUACAUAGUCUUUCAACAUUCAUCUGCUAAGUAUGCGGAUGGAAUGAGCUGUAGUAAUGAGUUUUUUUGUUUUCUGCUUACCAAAGUAUGCCAUUAGGUACCAUCAUAGAUUAAGUGUAAUGAGUAGUUUCAUGGAUAUAUGUAGAGCUUACUACAUGAUCAAAACUGUGUUUUGGCAGAAAUUAAUUUUUUUGCUUGUAAAUUUUUUUAUGACAUAACAUCUUUACAGUAUUAUAAUGGUGUAUACAUAUUAAAAAAAAACAUAUAUAUUAUAUAUGGUUAGUAGAUUGAAGUUCAAUUUUAUACUCAUAUUUAUGUAUUUUAUGUUGACUGUAAAAAGAAAUUGAUACAAAUGUCUUUGCUUAAAAUUUGCUUUGAUAGCAUCUGUACUGCUGCAUUUUCUUUGAGAAUUUUGAAAAAAAUUGUUUAGAUGUGAGUAAAGUUUUGUUUUUCAAGGUUUUCAGCAAGUUUUUGAGCUCCACUGAUGUCUUUCUAUUUUCGAACAGAUAUGUAGUCUUGUGAGUGUUUUCCAAACUUUGAUCAGGUGGCUGCCAGUAAUAAGAGACAUAGUUGAAGCUUUUCUGUCAGAAAGUUUCAGUGUAGUAUUUUAGUUUAUUUAUUUCUUAAUAUUUUUAAAAUGAUUUUUUUUUUUUUAAAUUUUUGUUGUGCCUUUUAGUGUUUCCUAAAACGAGAGGUGUAUACAAUACAAAUAAACUUUAAUUUGAACACUUGUUAAAAAACAAAUCAUGAAUUAUGUAUGGUGUUUCUGUUGAAAAUACUUUUUAUUUGUUCUUCAUUACUAUGUGAUGUGACUCUAGACAUAGGUAAGUUUAAAAAAAAAUAUAGAACCUUCAGAAUAAUAAAGAAUAUUUAAUUUGUGCAAAUUUGAUUUGUAAUUUGUUUCUUCUAGUGUUCAAGUUAGGAUAUUUCCUAAUAACGGACAAUUUGAUAGUGUUUGUGUGUAUUUAUAAUUUGGUACAUGAAUUUUUUUUUACUUUUAACAGCUUAUUACCUUUUUGUUUGUACUGUACUUGUAGCCAUAAAAAUAAAUAAUCAAAGAAGUGUAAUGUGUGUGCAACAUAAGUUUAAUAAAUCAAAACAUAUAUUCUUGUUA